GGUGGAUGGCAAAGCGGGGCCUGAUGAGGAGCCACGGGAAGAGGGAUGCUAGGGCAACAACCCUCGCUGGCCUUCCAUUCCUCCUCCAUUAACUCACCAAGAAAACCACCCAGAGAAGAGUAGGGAGAGAAAGGGAAAGAAGCGACUUCGCCACCUCCGUCUACCCUCAGCCGGCAAGCCCACCCUGCUGUUUCUGCGCCUGCGCCGACUGCGCGCGGCGUGACUAGGCCAAUCACGUAACCCAGACGCCCCGCCCAUUUCCCCAGAGGCUCCUCCCCUUCCUUGUCUGUCGCUCCACCCCCGCAGGGGCGCGGCCUGCUUCUUGGAGGCUAUUGUGUGACGCCUGCGCGUUGGCCGUGCUCCCUAAUGUAGAAUUUUUUCCAGAUGGGCCGAAGAAAAAAGCAAAAUGCUUGGGUGCUGGAGGAGGCACUGUUUUCAUGUCGUCUUUUCCAAAGACACAGGAACGUUUUUCUCAGACAAGAGAAGAGGUUACACAAAAAGAAUCAGAAAAAGCCAGUGUGCCCUUGCCUCGUCUCCUAGCAACUGUUUCCUUAGCAACCACGUGGUCAACAACGCUAAGCAGUCCCAGAAGGAGCAGAAUUAUUUUCUUCCUGAAAAGAGACAGCUACGAAAGGGUCAAAGGGAAAUUACACGAAAGAGAGAGUUCAGUUCCUUGAUAAGAGAGUAAGAAAAGGAAAAAGCAGUGAGAGAAGGAGUAAAGACAGUGGGAAAGUGAGCCAGAAGCUGAGUACUUGUUAAGGAAUUCCUUGGUGGCCAUGGACUCACCCUGCACUUCUGAGAGUAUUUAUAACCUCAUACCCAGUGACUUGAAGGAGCCGCCCCAGCAUCUUAGGUAUGUAGGUAUACAUCACUGUUUAGAGCAACUGUAAAAGAUGACAUGAAGAAAUUCAAAACCUCAAUGAAAACCAUGGGGCCUGCAAAAGUAGAGGUACCUUCCCCAAAGGAUUUUCUAAAGAAGCAUUCCAAGGAAAAAACACUACCACCUAAAAAAAAGUUUAAUAGGCGUUCUCCCAAGAAGCCUGCAGUGCCCUUGAGGACCGAUCAUCCAGUCAUGGGAAUACAGAGUGGAAAAAACUUCAUAAACACAAAUGCCGCUGAUGUCAUCAUGGGCGUGGCAAAAAAGCCCAAGCCAAUUUAUGUUGACAAAAGAACUGGAGAUAAGCAUGAUCUCGAGACUUCAGGACUAUUCCCCAAGUACAUUAACAAAAAGGAUUAUGGCAUCACACCUGAGUACAUAUGCAAGCGAAAUGAAGAUGUGAAGAAAGCACAAGAAGAGUAUGACAAUUACAUCCAGGAGAACCUUAAGAAAGCGGCCAUGAAGAGACUCUCUGAUGAAGAAAGGACGGCGGUUCUGCAGGGGCUGAAGAAAAACUGGGAAGAAGUGCACAGAGAGUUCCAGUCCCUCUCUGUCUUUAUUGAUUCCAUACCAAAGAAAAUUCGCAAGCAGAAGCUGGAAAAGGAAAUGAAGCAGUUGGAACAUGACAUUAGUAUCAUUGAGAAGCACAAGAUUAUCUAUAUCGCUAACAAGUGAGCAAACUGGCACAGUAUAGGCAAAAACCCACAUGGACAUCAAACUAAACCCACUCUUCCCAAAGAGGACUAUGAAGAAAGGAGAAUAAAGUUUUCACCGAAAAUGUAGGCAGUGUUGAAAGAAUAGUUGAAUUAUUUGCUUGUUCUAGAGAAAAUUUUCUCCCCCAUUGUCAGAGUUCUACUUAUAACAAACCAUUAAACUUGGAAGCUACA